CAGCCCGAUGGGUAUAAAAAGGCGGUAAUCGCAGAAAGCAAAUGGAGUGAUAGAGAGAGAUUUUGCAAGAUUUUGCAAGAUUUUGCAGUGUUCACAGAUACAGAGCGAUAAUUCUCCAGAGGCGGCUCCCCUCCACAAAAGGAUCGCUAAAUUCCAGCUGAACACUCGAAGUCUCAGGUUUUUCUUCGUUUUUUCUCUUCCGGAGAUCGAACCUGUGAUUCGUUUUCAUGUUGCCGAAGUUGAUAGAAUAUUUCUUGUAAAAAAAAUCGUGUUCCAUUUAGACGUAUGUAAAAGUUUUUUCGAUUACAUGUUCGGGCAUCAGCUUUGUAUUUUCGGGGAAGCAUCUGGUUCAGUUCAUGUGAUACUUGCAGUUACCUUUCUUUUUGGAACGAGAGGGUCUGCUGUCUUCUUUGCUGAUCUGGUUUCAAUUAGUGAGUGGGAUCAAAAUGGGUUUUUCUUUUGGUGGUGAGUCUGGGAAUGGUCUAGCUGUGCUGCAGUUGCAGAAAUGGGGUCCAUCUGAAAUCCAACUAAAUCCAUCAGAAUAUCGUGAAGCUUUUAUAUCUCCAACAAGGGAGCUGUUGCUUUUGCUUUCGUACCAGUGUGAAGCUUUAAUUCUUCCAUUGAUUGCUGGAGACUGUAAGAAGAGAAAUGACCACUGUAGAUAUCAUUUGGAAGGUCAUCAGAGUUCAAGUUCCUUGGCUUCUUGUUCUGCAGCAUGUGAAAGGUCAGGUUCAGUAGAUAAUAUCCCAUGCACAUCUGGAUCUGCAGAAGCUGUUACAGAUGGAGCUUAUUCUAUUGAAAGUAAUUCUGCAAGAUCUGAGCAAUACGCGGUUGUUUGUGAUGUAAAGUCACUAGCUUGGGGUCACUGUGGGGACACUUACAAUCAGCACAAAGAUGCUACUUUUAGAGAGCUUCUUUUUGUGUCUGGCAACCAUGGUAUUACAGUCCAUGCCUUUUGCCAUUCGCAUAAAACUGCUGAAUUGACCAGUACAUUGCCUGAAGGUGAGAUUGGACCAGGGAGGUGGGUAGAAUGGGGGCCUUCUGCUGCCUUGGUUCCUAAUAUCAAGAUAGAGGAGCACUCCAGUUCAUGUUCUGGAGGUCCUGCAAAUUCCUCGGAAGAAGAUAGGACUAAUGGGACUGAGGGGAGUUCACAUGAUGUUUGUACAGAAGCUAAGAAUGAUAAAUUGUCUGCAAAAAAAUGGUUGCGGACAUUUUUCACCAAAGUUGAGACUAUUGAGUCUGACGGUAACUUUUGCACCAGGUUCCCUUCAAAGCCAUCCUUUCCUUGUUCUGCAGAAAUUAUUUCAUUUAACAUUUUUGAUAGCUCCUCGCUAUUCUUGGACUUUCUUUCUCGUGCCAAUACUGUGUCGACGGAAAAGGAAAACAGGUGUGAUAAAACAGCAUUAGAUCCAGAGGCUGAUAGAGCAGUACAUUCAGAUUCUAGUUCAGUUGACCUAAUGGAGAACUCUGAUGAUUUGUCCCAAACUGUGAGCAUGGGAAGCUGUGGUUCCUAUAAAUGUUCCAGAGUGUUCUCAAGCUCUUCACACCGCUUAAUUGGGUUGGCUCUGGCUUUAGCAGAUCCUGUUCUGAACAACACUCGUGAAAGAGAUGCUAGAAGCUGGAGCAAGAUUGUAGUGGUAGUUGGUAUGAUAUUUCAGUGGGGAAUACAAUGGGUUUGCUCGGUGAAACUUCCAGAUACAUAUCUCAAUUUGGAUCUGGAAUUUGAGUGGACAGACUUUCAGUUUUCUGAUAAUCUUCUUGUUUGUCUCAAUGAUCAUGGUUUAAUCUUCGUUUAUGAUGCAACUACUGGAGAAUUUGUCACAUGCCUUGAUGUUUUGCGGAUUUGUGGACUCACCUCAAGGCCAGACUUGUUUAGGCAAGAACUGUUGUCUGUAGGGGUUGAUAUGGCGUCAGGAGGUGUUGCUGUACAAUCUGGACAGGAUGGAAAAAUUCAAAAUAUUAUGGAUCUACAAAUCGAAGGUUACUUGUGCCAUAAAAGAAAUUUCCAGAGGUUGAUGGUUGCUUCUAAUUCGUCACUGUUGGCUGCUGUUGAUGAAUAUGGUGUGGUCUACCUAAUUUGUGCUGCUGACCAUGUUUCAAGCAAGUAUUAUUCAUUUAAGGAACUGCUCCCCCAUUAUCAGCAUUUUGGUUUUGAAGUAUUGAUUGGUUGGGGAGUUGGAGGUUCUCAAAUAGGCUGUCAGAGGAUGCUUUCUAAUCUCUCACCUCACCAUGGUCUGAAAAAGAAAAGAUGGCACUUUGAGGGAGACGGAUGGGAAGAUUCCUAUUUGAGUGGUUUCUUUGGUGCUUCACACUUAAAGGAUCAGGAAAUUACCAAUUAUGAGUUGCCGUUGAGUCCAAUGCGAAGAAUUUUUCUCCCUAUGCAUAGAUUUAAUAAAGAUGAUUCCAUUUGUUUUUCUCCCUUUGGGUUCACUCGGCUUAUCAAGAAUUUUUCUAGAGAGGAUGAAAAGGCUUUUAAACUUUUUCAUACCCAUUUACAUGUUGCGUCAGCUGUUCAAGAUGACAGAGACUUGAAUUCUCUGUGCAGAAGUUCUAAUGUGCUUGGGAUGGAAGAGGUCUUUGCUGGGGAAGCUGUUGGUUGCUCCUUCCAGGGAUGUUUCUAUUUGGUGACACGAGAUGGUCUAUCUGUUGUUCUUCCCUCAAUUUCAGUCUCCUCGAGUGUCCUUCCUGCGCAAUAUGCUCUAUAUUGGCGACCAAGUGUCAGUUUGAGUUCUGAAUAUCAGACAGAAUGCUUUUUAACAGGAAAAGAAUGUGAGGAUCACUGGCCACCUUGGAGAGUUGAAAUUUUGGAUAGAGUUCUUUUAUAUGAAGGUCCUGAGGAGGCGGAUCACAUGUGUGUGGAAAAUGGAUGGGAUUUGAGAAUUGCUCGAAUGCGUCGCCUGCAAUUGGCAUUGGAUUUCUUGAAAUCUGAUGAGAUAGAGCAAUCUUUGGAAAUGCUUGUGGAUCUUAAUCUGGCAGAAGAAGGUGUCUUGAGGUUGGUUUUCACUGCUGUUUAUCAAAUCUGCAAAGUUGGUAGCGAUAGUGAGGUUGCUUUUGCAUCAAGGCUUUUGGCAUUGGCCACCUGCUUUGCAACCAAAAUGCUCCGGAAAUAUGGGUUAGCACAGAAUAAGAAAGAGACCCUUAUUUUUCAGGGCAUUAAGGAUCCCAGCAUUGGAGUUUUCUGGCCAAUUUUACCACAUAAAGAAAUAAUUGACAUGGGGACUUCAAGAAGGCUUCAUGAGAUGGCUCACUUACUAAAGAUUAUUCGAAAUCUGUGGUCUCGACUAAGUGUGCGGUGCAGAAGACCAGGUCAAGGACUGUUAGCUCGUGGGGAAGCAUCUCGUCUGGAGGAUACAGAUUUAACUCACGAUGACUCUCGUCUUCCAAUUAUUGCGGUAGAUGCUGUUCCAUCAGAGGUUCUGAAGCAAAGUGAAUUGACUGUUCCUCCAUCUGAUUUUACCUUGGAUACUGCUGAAAAGCUUGCUUUGAUACCCAUGGAAUCCUUGGAUUCCUCAAUGCAAGUAGAUUCUAGUAAUCUGGAUGAUUUAUCUGUUGUUGUGUCACAAGCUGGAUUUCAACAGAAGAGAAUGCUUCCCUUGGAAAAUCCCAAGGAUAUGAUUGCUCGUUGGGAAGUAGAAAACCUGGACUUGAAAACUGUGGUCAGGGAUGCUCUGCAAUCUGGCCGUCUCCCUCUAGCAGUUCUUCAAGUACACCUUCAGCGAUCAAGAGUUCUGGACACUGACAAAGAGGCUCAUGAUACUUUUGCUGAAAUCCGUAGAGUUGGGAGAGCUAUUUCUUAUGACCUGUUCUUAAAGGGGGAAACUGGACUCGCUGUAGCAACGUUGCAAAGACUUGGAGAGGACAUUGAAAUCAGCCUCAGGCAACUGUUAUAUGGUACAGUAAGGAGAUCUCUUCGUGUGCAAGUUGCAGAGGAGAUGAAAAGACAUGGAUACUUGGGACCGUAUGAGUGGAAGAUGUUGGAAAGAUUUGCACUUAUAGAGAGGCUGUACCCAAAUAGUAGUUUCUGGAGAACCUGUAUUGGCCGGCAGAAAGACAGUCCAACUUCUCCAGAGGGAAAUAAGUUGCAGUUGACAUCUUCUAAUUCAUUCAACAACUAUAUCAUUGAGUGUGGGGAGAUUGACGGAGUAGUGAUAGGUUCCUGGACAAAUAUUGAUAAGACAUCUGAUUCCUUGGUAUUUGAGGAAGAAAAUACUGAUGCUGGAUACUGGGCCGCUGCCGCUGUCUGGUCUGAUGCCUGGGAUCAGAGAACCAUUGAUCGUAUAGUGCUGGAUCAGCCCUUUGUAACGGGUGUUCAUGUAUUAUGGGAAUCAGAGCUUGAGUAUCACAUAUGUCACAACAACUGGGAGGAGAUCUCCAGGCUCCUUGACAUGAUUCCUACAUAUUUAUUAUCAAAAGGAAGUCUCCAAGUAAACUUAGAUGGUUUACAUUCUGCUGCAACCCUUCGAUGCAAUGGGGAUUUACCUGAUUAUGAGAAAUAUAUCUAUUCUGCUGAAGAAUUGGAUUCAGUAUGCAUUAAUGUGCCAGAUGUAAAAAUUUUCAGGUUUCCAGCUAGUAAUAUGUGCUCCAUCUGGUUAAAAAUGCUUAUAGAGAAGGAGCUUGCCAAGAAAUUUAUUUUCUUUAAGGAAUACUGGGAUGGCACAGAAGAGAUUAUACCACUUCUGGCUCGUGCAGGAUUCAUUAUCAACAAAUCAAAAGUUCCCUUACGAAAUGAGUCUGUUGAUAGUUUAUCAGAUCUUGGUUUCUCAAAUACGGGUGAAGUUCAUGGAGAUACUGUUCAAGCUUUGCAUAAACUUGUCAUACAUCAUUGUGUGCAACAUGACUUACCAAACCUUCUAGACCUUUACCUUGAUCACCACAAAUUGGCUCUAGAUAAUAAUUCUCUUUCUUCAUUGCAGGAAGCUACAGGGGAUUGUCAAUGGGCAAAAUGGUUGCUCUUAUCUAGGAUUAAGGGACGUGAAUAUGAUGCGUCUUUCUCUAAUGCCCGUUCUAUUCUAUCAAACAAUGUAGUAUCUGGUAGGAAUCUCAGUGUUCUUGAGAUCGAUGAAAUUGUACGUACUGUUGAUGACAUGGCAGAAGGAGGAGGGGAAAUGGCUGCUUUAGCGACGCUUAUGUAUGCCCCUGCCCCAGUUCAACAUUGCCUGAGCAGUGGAAGUGUAAAUAGGCAUUGUAGCUCCUCAGCCCAGUGUACAUUGGAGAAUUUGAGACCUACUCUACUACGCUUUCCCACACUGUGGCGAACUCUUGUUGCUGCAUGCUUUGGACAGGAUGUAGAUGGCAGUUCCUUGGUUCCCAACACAAAAAAUGUAUUUGGCAGCUCAGCCUUGUUGGACUUUUUGAAUUGGCGUGAGAAUAUAUUCUCUUCUAGUGGGCAUGAUACUUCACUGCUACAAAUGCUUCCUUGCUGGUUCUCAAAGGGUAUACGGAGAUUGAUUCAGCUUUUUGUCCAGGGCCCUCUUGGGUGGCAAUCAUUAACAGGUUUACCCGCUGGAGAAUCUUUUUUGCAUAAAGACGCUGGUUUUUUUGUUAGUGCACAUGAAAGUGCUGAGGUCAGUGCCAUUUCCUUGGAAGCAGCUAUCCAAAAAAACGUUGAAGAGGAGCUGUAUGCUUCUUCCCUGGUGGAGACUGGAUUUGGAGUUGAACACCACUUGCAUCGUGGUCGUGCAUUUGCAGCUUUUAACCAUCUUCUUGGCCUUCGGGUUCAAGAGCUGAAAUCAACAAAGGCCCAUCAGGAAGUGUCUGGUGCUUCUGUACAAGGACAAACAAAUGUCCAGUCAGAUGUGCAAUUACUCUUUGCAACUUUGACUCAAAGUGAAGAGUCUCUUCUGUCAUCUGUCGUGCCACUAGCUAUCGUGCACUUUGAGGAUUCUGUAUUGGUUUCUUCAUGUACAUUCCUCUUGGAGCUUUGUGGCUUAUCUGCUAGCAUGCUUCGUGUAGAAAUUGCAGCCUUGAGACGCAUUUCUUCUUUUUACGAGUCCAAUGAUUAUAAUGAACAUUCCAAGCAUCUUUCUCCGAAGGGUUCUGCAUUUCAUGUAGUAUCCCAUGAAGGUGGUAUUGCAGGCUCUCUCGCUCAAGCAUUGGCGGAUGAUUACCUGCAUAGUGAUAUUGCUAGCACCAUGAAACAGAAGAACGCGAAAAGUAGAACAGGUUACAAAAAUCCUUUGCGAGCUUUGAUGGCUGUCUUACAGCAUUUGGAAAGGGCAAGUCUGCCUUUGAUGGUUGAUGGUAAAACUUGUGGAUCUUGGUUGUUAAGUGGCAAUGGUAAUGGGACUGAGUACAGAUCUCAACAAAAAGCUGCAAGCCAGCACUGGGAUUUAGUUACAACUUUUUGUCAGAUGCAUCAGAUUCCCCAAAGUACAAAAUACCUUGCUGCACUUGCUAAGGACAAUGAUUGGGUCGGGUUUCUGGCAGAGGCUCAGGGUGGUGGAUAUCCUUUUGAUUCAAUUGUUCAAGUUGCAUCUAAGGAUUUCAGUGAUCCACGACUAAAGAUUCACAUACUAACAGUCCUGAAAAGCUUGCAGUCAACGAGAAAAAAAUCCAGCUCUUCAUCAAAUUCAGCUUCCUGUUCCACUGGAAGGAGUAAUGAAAUUUCUUUCUCUACUGAAGACAACAUUCUGAAUCCUGUAGAACUUUUUGGGCUUCUUGCAGAGUGUGAGAAACAGAAAAAUCCUGGAGAUGCCCUUCUGAUAAAAGCAAAAGAUUUGCGAUGGUCUCUCUUGGCAAUGAUUGCAUCGUGCUUUCCAGAUGUAUCUCCUCUAUCAUGCUUAAUGGUUUGGUUGGAGAUUACAGCAGCAAGGUUGGAAACCUCAUCCAUAAAGGUGAAUGACAUUGCUUCCCAAAUUGCAAACAAUGUUGGAGCAGCUGUUGAAGCUAGUAAUUCACUGCGAGCUGGUAGUAGAACCCUAGCAUUUCGUUACAACCGAAGGAACCCGAAACGGAGGCGACUGAUAGAACCAAUCUCAGUAGAUCCCUCUGUUGCUUCCCCUUCUAACUCUUCUAGUACAUCUGGUGCUUUUGAAACUUCUGUUCAAGAUAAUACUCCUGAUGAGGAAAAAAACCACCUAGUUGAUAAACAGAUGAAGGUUACAACUGAUGCUGAUGAAGGGCCUGCUUCUCUGUCAAAGAUGGUAGCGGUGCUUUGUGAACAACAUCUGUUUCUUCCUUUGCUGAGGGCCUUUGAGAUGUUUCUUCCAUUUUGUUCUCUUUUGCCUGUCAUACGUGCUCUCCAGGCAUUUUCACAAAUGCGCCUUUCUGAAGCUUCAGCACAUCUAGCGUCAUUUUCUGCCAGAAUCAAGGAAGAAUCUCUCCAUUUGUCAGCAAACAUAGGAAGAGAAGGGCAGAUUGGAACAUCAUGGAUAAGCUCAACUGCUGUGAAAGCUGCUGAUGCAAUGCUUUCAACAUGCCCAUCAGCAUAUGAAAAGAGGUGCCUACUACAGCUCCUGGCUGCAACUGAUUUUGGUGAUGGAGGUUCUGCUGCAGCAUGUUUUCGGCGACUUUAUUGGAAAAUUAAUCUAGCCGAGCCUUCACUACGCAAAGGUGAUGAUCUAUAUCUAGGGAAUGAAACACUGGAUGAUGCUUCACUUCUGACAGCUUUGGAAAAGACUGGACACUGGGAACAAGCACGUAACUGGGCCAGGCAGUUGGAGGCCAGCGGUGGACGUUGGAAAUCUGUUGUACACCAUGUUACUGAAGCACAGGCUGAAGCAAUGGUAGCAGAAUGGAAGGAAUUCCUAUGGGAUGUCCCUGAAGAGAGAUCGGCAUUAUGGGGCCAUUGCCAAACACUUUUUCUCAGAUAUUCCUUCCCUGCAUUACAGGCGGGAUCAUUUUUUCUCAAGAAUGCGGAAGUUGUGGAAAAGGACAUUCCAGCAACAGAGCUGCAUGAGUUAUUACUGCUUUCCCUACAGUGGUUAAGUGGAACCAUGACCCAGUCCAAUCCAGUGUAUCCUUUGCAUCUGCUGCGCGAAAUUGAGACUAGAGUAUGGCUCUUGGCGGUGGAAUCUGAAGCACAGAUGAAGAGUGAUGGAGAGUUCCAUCCUGCCCGGACCCUAAUCAGUGGAACUAACUCCAGUAUUAUAGAACGGACUGCGAGUAUCAUAACAAAAAUGGAUAAUCACUUAAAUGCAAUGAGGGCCAGAGUAGCAGAGAGAAAUGAUAUGAGGGAAACUAACCAGAUCCGUAACCCACAUGCCUUGGAUGCCAGCUCUCCUCCCACAAGUGGAGGAUAUACAAAGAUGAAACGGAGAGCCAAAGGCCCUCUGCCAUCGCGGCGGUCAUUACUGGACUCUGUGGAUAGAAGUGAUCCUGAUGACAGUCUUGGUUCUUCACUAAAUUCUAGGAGCAACACUGAACCAGUUACCAGCUGGCAGUUGCAAGAUGAGAACAUUAAAAUUGAAGCUUCAUUUUCAAGAUGGGAGGAAAGAGUAGGACCUGCGGAGUUGGAAAGGGCUGUUCUAUCUCUGUUGGAGUUUGGACAAAUAAUUGCUGCUAAACAGCUUCAACACAAGUUGUCACCAGCGCAUGUCCCAUCUGAAUUCAUACUUGUGGAUGCUGCUUUAAUGCUCGCAGGUUUUUCAACUCCUAGUAGCAAAGAAGUAUCUGUGUCAAUGCUGGAUACAGAAGUCCUUUCGGUUAUUCAGUCACAUGAUAUACUCAUUGACCACCAUCAGAUUGUUCCCCUUCAGAUCUUGGAGAGUUUGGUAACCAAGUUUACUGAAGGUUGGGGGCGUGGAUUGUGUAAGAGAAUAAUAGCAGUUGUAAAAGCUGCCAAUGUCUUGGGUCUUUCAUUUCCCGAGGCGUUUGGGAAACAGCCAGUGGAACUGCUCCAACUACUCUCUCUUAAAGCACAAGAUUCACUUGAGGAAGCGAAGCUUCUAGUGCAGACUCAUUCCAUGCCACCAGCCAGCAUUGCUCGAAUUCUUGCUGAAUCUUUUCUUAAGGGUUUAUUGGCUGCACACCGUGGAGGAUACAUGGAUUCUCAAAAGGAAGAGGGACCGGCUCCUCUUCUGUGGAGAGUUUCUGAUUUCUUGAAGUGGGCAGAGCUUUGUCCCUCAGAACCAGAAAUUGGCCAUGCAUUGAUGCGUUUAGUUAUUACUGGACAGGAAAUACCACAUGCCUGUGAGGUUGAGCUUCUCAUUCUGUCCCACCACUUCUACAAAUCAUCUGCCUGUCUGGAUGGAGUAGAUGUUCUCAUAGCCCUUGCAGCGACCAGGGUGGAAGCUUAUGUGUCUGAAGGGGAUUUUUCAUGUUUGGCUCGCCUAGUAACUGGAGUUGGUAAUUCCCAUGGACUGCAAUUCAUUCUUGGAAUUCUUAUAGAAAAUGGUCAGCUGGAACUUCUUCUUCAGAAGUAUUCUGCAGCAGACACAGCAACAGGAACAGUCGAGUCUAUCAGAGGAUUUCGAAUUUCUGUUCUUACGUCACUGAAGCAUUUUAACCCCCAUGAUCUUGAUGCCUUUGCUAUGGUCUAUAACCACUUUGAUAUGAGGCAUGAGACAGCAUCACUGCUAGAGACGCGAGCCGUGCAGUCUACACAGCAAUGGUUCCUUGGCUAUGAUAGGGAGCAAAAUGAAGACCUCCUUGAUGCCAUGCGCUACUUCAUCGAGGCAGCUGGAGAGUACGCCACCAUUGAUGCUGGCAACAAGACACGCCGUGCUUGUGCCCAGGCUUCCCUGCUGUCACUCCAGAUUCGCAUGCCUGACAUUGACUGGAUCAACCUAUCUGAGACCAAUGCACGGCGUGCCCUUGUUGAGCAGUCCCGUUUCCAGGAGGCACUCAUUGUUGCUGAAGCGUACAAUCUCAACCAAGCAGGUGAAUGGGCCUUGGUGCUCUGGAACCAAAUGCUCAAGCCAGAACUCACUGAACAAUUUGUGGCAGAGUUUGUGGCUGUGCUUCCUCUCCAGCCAUCAAUGCUUGCAGAGCUUGCAAGAUUUUAUAGGUCUGAAGUGGCAGCAAGAGGAGAUCAGUCCCACUUCUCUGUCUGGCUUUCGCCAGGGGGUUUGCCUGCAGAAUGGGCAAAACACCUUUGGAGGUCAUUUCGGUGCCUGUUGAAGAGAACAAGGGAUAUAAGGUUGCGGUUGCAGUUGGCUACAGUUGCAACUGGGUUUACUGAUGUGGUUGAUGCAUGCAUGAAAACAUUGGAUCGGGUUCCGGACGCUGCAGGUCCACUUGUGCUAAGGAAGGGGCAUGGUGGGGCGUACCUCCCAAUUAUGUGAUAUGGUUGGUUGCAUCGACAACAUGGAUGUGGUAAUGAUGAUGGUGGUACAAUGAUGAUGUUGACAAUAACAUAUCAAGAUGAUGAUUAUGAUGUUCAUUACAUGGUUAUGGUUUUCAGGAUGUUAUAGAGAAGAUGGUGUUGUAGAUGGUGACAACAGAGAAUUAUGGUUUUCUAUGCUGAUUGAGGUGAUAUAAUGAUGAUAGUGUCAUUGGUGGUGAUGCUGCUGAUGAUGUACUAAUGAUGAUUGUUGAUUAUGUUGAUAAAAUACCCCCACUUGAAGUGUUUCCAGGGAAGAUUACCAGAAGUUGGUGCCAUGGAAGGCCAGGGAGCAUCUAUCAUAUCAUACGAAAACCAGGAGAUUGUACAUUAGGUCAGAGAAUUAUUUUUGAGUUUUCAAAGGGAAGUUGAAGUGUACAAUGGACAGUUAGAAUGUAUUGUAGGCUUGGCUGGCUGUAUUAUCAAUAUCUUCCAAUA